AUGGACAGCACUUUCAACGUACUCAUCGUCGGUGCUGGAGAAAUUAACUUUGGGUCAGUGGAAGGACCGUGGAAUCACGCAAGUCUUAGCCUCCGACUCGAAAGGAUCCUCGGCCCACGUCUCCGCGUCGUCGGUCUCAUCGACCCCGACGCUGCCCGGGCUGACGUCGCGUUGACGUCGAAACUCGCCUCUCCCGCCGCCAGCUCCUGGAAAGACUGCAAGGCGUUGCCGUCCGUCGCCGCAGCUGCCGGGGUGCUCGCCCUGGGCGCCCUUCCGCGGCUGGCGAUCGUAGGGGCGCCGCCGGGGGUGCGGGGGAGCGACGAGCCCGGGCGGGAUCUGGAGCUGCAGCUCGCGCGGGCGUUCCCGGGGUGCGCGCUGUUCGUCGAGAAGCCGGUGAGCAGCGGCGGGGCGGAGGGGUGCUGGCGGGUCGCGCGGGAGCUCGCGGCGCGCGGGACGCUGGUCGGGGUCGGGUACAUGCUCCGGUAUCUGAAAGGGGGCAGGGAGGCGAUCGCGGCGGAGGGGCUCGUCGUCAUGGGCACGAAUGUGCGGUACGUCAUGGCCUACGAGUACGCGCGCAAGCCGGCCUGGUGGGACAAAACGAUCUCGGGCGGGGCCAUCGUCGAGCAGGCGACCCAUUUCUGCGAUCUGUCGCGUUACUUCGCGGGCGACGUCCAUCUGCCGUCCGUCGUCGCCCACUCCGUCCAGCAUCACGAGCCUCCUGGCCAUCUUUCCGCCAAACGGUUCGACGAGGACCCAAUCCCCGCUGAAAACCGCCUGCCCAGGCUCACCAGCGCGACCUGGAAAUACACGCACGGCGCCGUGGGUACCCUCACCCACGUGAUCGCGCUCCACGGGACUACGUACGACACCGAGCUCGACGUCUACGCGGACGGUUACCACUUCAAGCUCGUCGACCUCUAUUCCGCCCCCACGCUCUCCAUCCGCAUGCCCGGAGCAGACGACCCCUUCGAGACCGAACUCGCAACGUUCAUCGACGUCGUCGACGGCCGGCGCCCCCGCGACGCCAUCCAGAGCAGCUACGCAGAUGCCAUCGGGACGUACGAGCUGACGUGGGCGAUCCGGCGCGCGAGCGAGCGCGCCGCCGACGAGUACGGCAUCGCACCUGGCGCAGCUGGCGAUUCUUAA